GGUAAGAAACAUAGAGCGAGAGAGGGAUACAGACUGGAGCUCAAAAGGCUCACUGUGUUCUGAUCAUCCCUGGCUAAGUAGUCACUGGGUGUAGAUCUAGUGAGACGAGAAAGUGGUUACGGUGUAGAACUGACAGGUUACAGCAAUUGCUAAUAUUCUGGACGCCACAUUCACAAGCUGCAAUUCAACGCAGCACUUGAUCUACGAACUUGGCGUGCAUCUAUGGCCUUUGCAUUUGCAGACAUGGCAAGUACGGAGAGAAGACCCGAAUCCUUGCUAAGUCUGAUCCUGGCUGAACGCUCUGAGGAGAGCGCUCAUGAUCGAGCAAAGGGAGCUGUUAAAACCAAUAAAUCCGCAGUUGCUUUAUUCACAGAUACAGCAAGUCCGGAGAAGAAGAGUUUGGCUCAUGAUCGAACAAAGGGAGCUGUCAAAGUCAAUAAAUCCGCAGUUGCUUUAUUCACAGGUACAGCAAGUCCGGAGAAGAAGAGUUUGGCAUCCUGCGGUCCGAACCCGGCUUCUAAAUUGUUGAAGAAGCUACUACUGAAGCUGGAGAGCUUAGCAACCAUUCAAAUAUAUAACGAACUUGAUUGCUACAGAGACUCGCAUGUAAAAGUGGGAAGUGAAGAGAAGAGAGCGAAAGCGCAUAUCUCGUUAUGGAGGAGCGUGGCACCUCAAACCCACGGCCAAAUUUCAAUCAUGGAAAGAAUAUUUGGCCCGAAAGCGUGUGAAAAGAUGGAUCAAUUCUUGGCUUCAGAUGCCAGAAGACUUGAAAUCAAGAAACACGAGGUCAAGAUGAAGAAGGGACAAGACUUUGGAUUCCACUUCUACCCGGAUGACACAAGUCUAUGGUCCCCUUGAAGACUAUCUACAGAAGGCAUACGCCCACGGAUUUCCUCAAGCUCUUCAAAGAUCCAGUAGGAAAAGUUUCAGCUCGAGUGUACACUAUCUAGAAACUUUGAUGCUGUGAGUUGCAAUGUCUUACCAGCUGAAAAUCGCUCAGAAGUGAGAUCAGAAAAGACGCGUUUACAUUGACAGAAAGUAUGAUGUAAACGAGGUCUUGUCGAAAUCCUCCAUGAGGAUGAUAUUAAUAAAACGUUUCUAUGAUUGUUUAA